AUGUUCUUCACGGAUCUACCAACAGAUAUACUAUCACAGGUGUUUAGCCACUUACCAACUGAAUCGUUGAAGUCAUUUCUCCAAUGCAGAGAUACAUAUGUAUGUGCAUAUCAUCAAAUCCAAACAACACUGUCAGUGGAAAUUAAAAUUGAAUCCCCAGAAUUCGAUAAUGAUCAUCACGACUUCGGUUUGUACGCUCCUAUUCACGAGAGAAGGGACAUUCUCUGUACUAAUUUCAGAGAACUCACACCAUCAGGAAAUCUCAAAGUCCUACGCAAAAGCUCUCUGGUCUUGUUGCAAGCUGACUUUGGUAAUAACUUCGAGUUUGCUGCACUUCUUCUCCUCUUAAUCGACGUUUGGCGCAGAUCUAAUCAUAAAGUACUAGAGCUACAUUUGAAAGUGAGCACACAAAGCAGCUUACAAGCGUGUCUCGAGUACCUCACAAAAUUCUCUGAUCUUCUGAGUCUAACUUUGUCACUUAAAUUAGAAAUUUGCGAAGAUCUAUUCGCUGACUUCGCAAGUGUGGUCCAUUGUUUCCAGCUCGAGUCAAUUAAUAUCUUCAUCACUAGCCCGAUGGGCAUGCAAAGAAAAAAUGAAGUCAGGAUUGAACUCAACAAUUGUACUAGAAGAUUUAAACUCAAAUCGAGUCAUAACCUUACGAGUUUACAAAUCUCUGGCAGUGCACUAGAAUGGCUCGAACUCGAUCUGCCAAUGACUUAUGACACGAUAUUGAAAUCAAUGAACCUCACAGAAUUUACUAGGUUGACAGACUUGAGACUCUUCAAAAUUCAAAAAGCUCCGUACCACGGGCUUUGUGAUUCAUUUCCUAAAAUCUCAAGCUUGAGGCGUCUCUACUUAGGGUUUGCAGAGAAACUUCAUGGCAUCGAUUUUAAUGAUUUCUUCCACCACAACGGUAAUUUAGAAUACCUUUUCUUUGCAGACGAAAAAACUACCAGCAGUAAAUACAAGAAAUAA